AUGGCAUUGGAUAGCUCGAUCCCGGGCACCGCAGUCUUCUCGUUGGACCCCGCUGCCAAGAAACCCAAAAGAACCCGGGCAUCAGCGUCAAAGGUUAGGACCGGAUGCUUAACAUGGAAGGAUAAGCGCAAGUGUGAUGGAUACGCCGAGAAUCUGCAAACAAAACGACGUCAUAGCCCUGGCUGCCUGGUGUCAACUCGCGAACAGCCCGUCACGUCGGUGACACAACUAACCCCCCCGGUGAAUUGGGAUGUUUCUGGCACGACGUUGGAGAAGCUCAUGUUCCAUCAUGUCCACCGGUGUACCGUGCCGGACUUUGGACUCGCGACGCCCCUCGCCAAGAUAUGGAGUAACUACAUCCUGCCGCUGGGCUACUACUCCGAUCCCAUCAAGCACGCCGUCAUCGCCCUGGGCGUUGCCCACAGAGCGUUCUUGGAGAACCCCUUCUCAGACCUGAACCCUUCCAUGUCCGCGGUGGCGCUCGGCGACUUGGCCGAGGAACAGUACCGGAAAGCCGUCACGGGGACGAUAGAAAUCAUGGCCGACCCGUCGCCUGUCAAUAUCCGCAUCACCCUCAUCAGCUGUCUGGUGUUUGUCUGUUUCGAGAUUGUGAGAGGCCAGUACGACAAGGCCGUCCAACACCUGAGAGCGGGGUCCCGCGUCCUUGAGUCACUUCACCAAGCCGCAUUGACGAGCCAGACCGAUCCCAAGUCGCUCUCGGCGUACGACAAACGCCUGGCCGAGACGGUACAGAAGCACUUCAGUCAGUUGUGCGACAUCACGAACAUGUUCGUCGCCAUGGGCAUGGAUGCCUCCAUGCUGAUCGAAGCCGACGUCAUCCCCGACCUGACGUUCUUCACGCAGCCAGAAGAGAAGCAGAGCAAGACCACGCCGUUCUCGAGCGUUUUGGAGGCGCGGAAAUGCCUCCAACUCGUGGAGCGCAUCAUCGACCGCUGCUGGCACUCGACGCCGUCGUGCGGCAGCGCUACACCGCCGUCGGGGUCCGGGGGGACCAACGACGGGGCGCGGGAAGCCGCAAACGCGUGCUUCGAAGCGUGGUGCGCCCGCUUCGAGCUGUUCCAGCAGGCCCUGCCGGAAAAGAUGGAGCCAGCCGACCUCCACGAGCUCAAGGCGCUCCGAUUCUCGCAGAAGAGCUGGAUGAUCUUCACCGAGCAGGAAGGCCCAUGCGCCCUGAAAAGAUACGACAUGGCGGAACUCCACCGCCACGUCGACAUGGCCGAGGACAUCGUGUCAUCCCGCGAGGAGGAGCGGUCGCGGCCCAAGUUCGCGCUCGCGGCCGACAUCGUGCCCUCGCUGGCGUACGUCUGCGCCUUCUGCGACAACGUCGACCUCGAGCGGCGCAUCAUCGACGUCCUGCGGAGCAUGAAGAGGAGGGAGGGCAUGUGGGACAGCCAGGAGAUGGCGAACCUGUACGAGACGGUGCUGGAGGCCAAGCUCGGCAACCAGUGGAAAGACGAGUACAACUGGGAGACGCUGCCGAACCUCGCGAGGAUGAUGUCGAACCUUGCCGUUUCCACCCCGUCGGGGAACAACCUCAGCAUCAAAUCGCUAGUUUUGCUUUGA